GUCCCGACUCUGCAACCAGCCACCUGGGGGAUGGCAGCGAGCGGCGAAGAGGAGGCGACGCCGCGGCCGCUCACGCUGGGCAGGUUCCAGCUCUCGGAGGAAUACGGCUUCCUUCUCCCGAAUCCCCUGACGGAGCUCCCGGCUCGCUACGGGCCGUGGAUGGAGAUUGCCGGCAGCCUGCCCCAGCUCGUCGCCAGCCGCCAGCUCCGCUCGCGCCUUCGCCAGAUGCCCCAGCUGAGCACCCAGGAGCUCCACGGGCACGAAGAGCUGCACCUGGCUCAUGUGGUGCUCAGCUUCCUCACCAUGGGCUACCUCUGGCAGGAGGGCGAGGAGGGCGCUGUCAAGGUCCUGCCCCGAAACCUGGCCAUCCCCUUCUGGGAGGUCUCGCGGAGCCUCGGCCUCCCCCCCAUCCUCUGCCACGCCGACUUCGUGCUCGCCAACUGGAAGAGGAAGACUCCAAGCGGGCCGCUGGAAAUUGAAAACCUGGACACCAUCGUUGCGCUGCCCGGGGGAGAGAGCCUGAGAGGGUUCAUCCUCGUCACCCUCCUGGUGGAGAAGGCGGCCGUGCCCGGGAUCAAGGCAGUCGCUCAGGCCAUUAACGCCCUCCUGCAGCUCGAUGAAGACACCCUGCUAGAAGCCCUGCAGCAGCUGGCGGGGGCCAUCGGGGACAUGAACAAGGCCCUGAGGCGGAUGCACGAUUAUGUGGAUCCAGCAGUAUUUUACUCUGUGAUCCGGAUCUUUCUCUCCGGCUGGAAGGACAACCCGGCGAUGCCGCACGGGCUGGUCUACGAAGGAGUGUCGGAGGAGCCCAUGGCGUACUCCGGCGGCAGCGCCGCGCAGAGCACCGUCCUCCACGCCUUCGACGAGCUCCUGGGCAUUCGCCACAGCGAGGAAAGCACUGCCUUCCUGCACAGGAUGAGGGACUACAUGCCCCCUCCCCACCGUGCCUUUGUGGAAGAAAUCCAGCGUGCCCCGUCCCUGAAGCAGCACGUCCUCUGCUCCGGGAGCAGGAAGCUCUGCGCCGCCUUCAACCAGUGCGUCUCUGCCCUGACCGACUUCAGAACCUGCCACAUCGCCAUCGUCACUAAGUACAUCAGCUCCGCGGCUGCCAAGGCCAGGGCCCGGCAGGGCGAGCCCGCCGCCGGCGCCGGCCCCCCGCCGGGGAAGCCACCUUCCCUGCUGGAAGCCAAAGGGACUGGCGGCUCGCACAUCUUCAGGUUCCUCAAGAGCGUCAGGGACACGACGAGGGAAGGGAUGAUAAGUGCCUGACGCGUCCUCGCGGUCCCUAAGGCACGGCCGAAAGCAGGUCUCGGAGACCAGCUGACUCCGUUCAGCGUCCGUAGAGCUCGAGCCCAAACCUGACUACAGCGACCGUCACUGAAAGCUUCAUCUUAGGUAGCCCAGUCCCACUUGUGCCACUCAGAGACACCGGGACCAAGGCGAACUGCUCUUCAUCAGAGGGAAAUCAUCUGGCCCUCAGCAUCCAUCCCUGCCCGCGCCAAGCCCGGGCACUGCCGGGCCCUGGCCGCCCCUGCCCCGGACUCUCGCCCGCGACCGCACGCUGCCCCUUGGGGGUCUCCGUCCAUCGCUGCUGGCCAGCCUAACCCUAACCCUUUCCCCGUUUCCACGAACGUGCGUAUUCCUCACAAUCGUUUUCCCACAGUUUUACGGUUAUCCUUUGGAGGUUGCCGGUGUGAUCGCGAGCCUGCUCCAGGGAGGGCAGCACUCCGGCUCCCCAGCCCCGGAAAGCGCCUAGGGAGCACAGCACCCCUUUGCAGGCACCAGGCAGAGCCGCGCUCCUCGCAGCACCUCCUCCCGGGCCGCUGCUGCACUGGCCCCGUUUUCCAAUCCCCACCCUGCAGACUCGACCCCUGAGAAACCACCGGGAGCUGGAGCACAAGCAAUUCGAGAUCACAUGAAGUAAAUUGACCAAUAAAGUUGGA